AUGGCGGCCUUCACACGCGGCGGCUUGUACCCACCCCAUUUCCAAGCUGCCCAAUUCGAGGCAUAUGCCCAAGCACCGGCGCCGGUCGAAGCGCUGACAUGCCCCGUCGACGACUUCGAGUCCGGCGGGCCGUACCGCGAGCCGCACCGGCGCCGCGCGCGGAACGCCACCGAGGCCGGGAACCGCCGCCUGCGGGGCCUCACGGAGCUGAUCGACCCGGCGACUGGCGCGGGGAUCCCGAUGGCCCAGGUGGCGGAGCCGAUCAAUGGCGCGGACGUCACGCGGCUCACGCUCACCGCCCCACGGUACACCCAUGUGUCGCAGUUCACGUGGAACCUCCAGCCGCUCGCCGUGUUUCUCGGGAACGGCCAGCUCACCGUGUUGAAGCUCGACUUCGACUUCACGCGCAACGGCUACGCGGUAUAUCGCCUCCUCGGUAGCGCGACCUGUGCACAGCUGGAGGAGCUGACGCUGCGCUGGAUGAAGCCGAAGCCGAUCGGUGCCGGGGCCGGUGGUGAUGAAGUGACGCAUGCCGCGCUUGUGGCGUCGCGCCUGCCGCCGCACGACGAUUUGCACUAUGUGCUGCAGGGUUUGAGGGAGUACAUCCACGGCGGACUAGCACAACUGCGCCACAUCCGGGUCCUCCACAUCGACAACUGGGAGAAUGCACGAACACAAGCAGACUCCCAUGCAACACUCGACGCGCUCAUCGCGCGGCUCCGUACAUACCACACCGGCGGAAGAAUGUGGACGAAGACAAACUUGAAGGAGCUGAAUAUUCACUUUCGCGGCCACGUGCGACGCGAUGAGGCGAUUGGCGCAAAGGUUGAUCAGUUGAAGGAAGCGUGUGAGUGGUUGGAUGUCGACGUGCAGUUCAUCACGAUGGCCGAAUUUUGA